GAGGUCAUCAUGUCACCCUUGCCAGAUCUCCCCAGACAGAGACACGUCAAGCCCUUGGGGCCCCACAAUGCCUCGCCUUGCCAACUCUCUUCUGAAAAGCAUCGUUAGCAGAGGUCAGUUUGACGGCGUCAGGAGGAAGCAAUGCCUCCAGUAUCUGAAAGCCCUGAGGACGCUGCAGCACGAUGGGUUUAAGGCCGUGUAUUUUGGGGAAACUGAUAUCCCGGAAAGUCUCGUGACCGGGGAAGAACUUGGCAAUGGAUAUUUCGUGCAAACUCCAACUUGGUGUAUCGUGCACGCAGGAGGCAGUCAAGGAUGGGUGCCGUGGAACUACCGGACGUUCCUAAGAGAUGAGCUGUGCACCAAGCAGGAAGACCACCUCUUCUUCGAGUUCUGUGAUGUGGUGAAGAAGAACUAUGGGAAGUGCGCCAUCGUGGUCAAAGGGAGAAGGCAGCAGGAUGAGGCGAGGCCCCAGGAACACAGAGAGGCCGAGGUCCAGGCCAACCUCCCAACAGUCAUUAACUUAACAAGCAUAGUGUGCUGCCCAGAGGUGGCCAAGUCCUACGGCCAUAAACUGCUCUGUCUCCCCUCCCAUUACAACUACCUGAACCCUUUAGACUCAGCCUGGUGUUCUCUGAAGUGGUUCAUCAUCAAUAACAGGAGGGAGUUCUGUCUACAGUCCAUCGACAGCGUCUACUCCUACCAGUACAUCCUUCUCAGUGAUUUAAUCAGCAAAGGGAUUGAAAGGAUAAACCCAAGCAAGUGGAAAACACUAACCAACAAAGUUCGCAGAUGGGAAAAUUACUAUCUUGGGAAAUUUUCUUAAGGGCAAUUCCUCCAACACGAUGUGAGGCCCCGCUACACAUAUGGUCUUUGCCACCAACGCUGUUGAGCUUGGUUCUGGACUAUUGCCCCAAAGACAUUUCAACAGUGACCGCACAGGGCCCCGGGAGGCCAGAGAAGUUCCCAAGGAUGUCAGAAGGUCCUCAGUUUACUGGAGGCUUCAUUAAAGCUUGUUAGUAAGUUA